CGCCACAACAAGCCAGCGAGAUGACCUUCUUUGUCGCAAAAAGGGCAAAAUAAAAACACCGUAAUUGCUAACAAGAAUUUAUGUCUUAUAUGUGAUAUACUUGAUGUCAUAGAUCUGGCUAUGAUAACGCGAGAUCUUUAUGUUGCUUAAUUAGCUAGGUAGUUAUGCGUUUAUAUAAUAUAGGGAUCCCUCCACUGCAUACUAUUCAUCCAACUUACAACCUCAAUCGACACACUUCCACUCGUACUUAGGUCUCCUAUCGCCAUGUUGAAUCUGUCUCUUCGCAACAUGAGCCUUAUGGAAUGGCUUGCAGCGGCUUUCGUAAUUAGUCUUCUCGUAUACCUAGCAAAUAUCGUAUAUAACCUAUUCUUUCAUCCCCUGGCUAACAUCCCCGGUCCAUUCCUUGCCAGAGCAAGUCAAAUACCCUCGUGGUACCACGCAACUCGGGGUGACCGACACAUCUGGCUAUGGCAACAGUUUCAGAUAUAUGGUGACAAGAUACGCCCGGAGCCAAACGCAGUCCUUUUCAACAACCCUGCAGCUUAUGCGGAUAUAUACGGCCUGAAAUCAAAUGUACGGCGAAGUAAUUUCUACAAGGAUAGCCUCUUCCAUGGCCCUGAAGUUACAACGGUUUCUGCAGUCGACGUCGCCGAACAUGCGCGGAAACGAAGGCUACUUAGCCUCGCUUUCACGGAGAAUUCGGUGCGCGCCGCGUCAAGCUUCGUCAUCCGGCACUUGGACCGUUGGAACCAACUUCUUACUGAGAAGGACGGUUCUAUUUGGUCACCCGCGGUUGAUAUUUCGGAGAAGAUUAGUGGUCUAGUCUUCGAUAUCAUGGGGGACCUCAGCUUUGGGAAGUCUCUCGAUGUUAAGGAGCCUGGCGCUAACCCCCUGAAAACCGUACACCACAAAAUGGCUGAUUAUUUGAAAUUAAGUAAUUCGAUUAGCCGCUCUCCCUUUCGUGACCACAUUAUUUGGCUGAUGCCAAGGGGUUUGGGCAAGCUUUUCGCGUUGUUGACACCAGCACCUAUCCGACAAUAUAAACAAUUUGUCUAUGAUAGCGUCACUGAGAGGAUUGCCUUACAUCGGGAACAGGCCGGGAAAACAGAAGUUGAGCAGCGCCAAGAUAUGUUCUAUUUCCUGUGCGAAGCCCGUAACCCCGAUACUGGCCUUCCAGCGUAUAAGGAGGCCGAGCUCCGAGCGAAGGCCAACCUAUUAAUUGUUGCCGGGUCCGACACCGCGUCUGUUGCCCUCUCUGGCAUGUUAUUCUACGUAACAGGCGACAGCUGGCGUUACCAGAAGCUUGUUCAGGAAAUUCGUACCGAGUUCGAAACACCCGAUGAUAUUGUAUACGGACCUAAGCUUUCUUCUUUGGUAUACUUAAGGGCGUGCAUUGAAGAGGGAAUGCGUCUUUCUCCGGCGGUCCCUGGCGAUCUUCCUCGAGAAGUGCUUUCAGGAGGACUCGAGAUCCAAGGAGAGUAUUUCCCACCGGGAACCAUUGUCGGUAUAACCAACUGGGCACUAUCCCGUAAUCAGGAGGUUUACGGCGACCCUGAAUUGUUUCGGCCUGAGCGCUGGAUUGUGGACGAGGCUACGGGCGUAACGGAGGAGGACGUGAAUAGGGCGCGGUCUAGUAGUCAUCCUUUUGCUGGAGGACCUGGUAGAUGCCUUGGACAAAACUUCGCAAUGAUGGAAAUGAUGAUUAUACUCGCUCGGACUCUUCACCGGUUUGAUGUCAGGAGGGAACCGGGCUCUACGUUGGGGUCAGGGAGACCCGAAUAUGGAUGGGGCGCACGCGAUAGCAAGCAAUUCCACCUGACUGACGCGUAUAUUUCAAUACGACGUGGCCCAAUGUUACAGUUCAGGAAGAGGCAGCAGUCGGAUUACGCCUAGGGUGAAUGAUCAAGCUACUCGAAUUCAUAGCGAUAGUAUACUCGAGUUGAGGGUAUUAGGUAUACAGACAGACCAUCUGGGCAGACAAGGAACAAUUCAACAUCAUUCCAAGAAACACUUAUUACUUUGUCAUUCUUUGAUGUAUUCUACUACAUGCGUAGGU